GACAGUUUGAUAUUAUCUAUACCCAGCUGUUAGCCUAAUGCCAGCAUUCUGAGCACAAGACAGAUGCAGCCUUGGAAGCAGAGAUGGUGGUUAACCAUGAGAUAUUAAGCCACUAUUUAGCCAUUGCUAUCAACAAGUGCUCAAUCCAGUAGCUACAGAUCUAACACCGUGCCCACAAGGUGGCACACUUUAUCAAGGAGACCAAGUGCCAAGUCAGCAACUAACUGACUACAUCUGGAUCCCUUCAGUCCUAGAAACUAGAGUCAUAUAUUAACACCAUGGUAGAUGUAUUUGAGUCAAGGGUGUGCCUUUUGGGCCUGCAGGCCUAGAUAGUACCACAAGCCAAAGGAUCUCAGAGUAUUCAUGCCUUCCAGCAGGAGAGUCCACACAACAAUCUGCCUAACGAGGGCACUCUCAUGACAGUAAAAGAGCUCCACAAGUUGGCCUAUGCCCAUGCAUUCCACUGAUUAUAUCACAUACCACACCCGCAAUAGACAGUAUAGCAUUGGAGGGUCUGCUGAGUGCAGAGCCAAGGUCCCAGGCAUGCUGAGAGGACUGGUACUGUCUUCUAGGAAUCAAUAUGUGUGUUUAACCACGGCCUUUUAACAUUGUGUCUCUACUAGGAAGAAUACAUGUGUCUGGAGACAUCCAAGGGAUGUGGGCAGGAAUGACCACAGUUACCACCACUCAGUGGUCAGCUGGGUGUUCAAUGCUUCCUGUUCUUAUGACAGUGGAGUUUGACAGAGGUCUUGGUCCCCACACCUCCACCAGGGGUACAGUCAGGAUACUCUUGAACCAGGAGUGGUAGCAUACACCUUUAAUCCUAGCACUCAGGACACAGAGCAAAGAGGACCCUUCUAAGUUUGAGGUCAUCUUGGUCUGCAUAGCUAGGGCCAGGCCAGCCAAGGCUACACUGGGAGACUGACAGGCCACCUCAAAAUAACAAAUACAAUGAAAUAACAAAUAACAAAUGAAAAUGAAAUACAAAAUAACAAAAACAAAUGAAAACAAAGGCUGUUUCCUGGUGCACACUGGGCUCUUUGUGUCUAGAGACCAGGAAGAAAAAAGGGAGUCUUGGUCUUGAUGGGAUAAUUGGCCUUAAUGACUCAGGGGAAGCAGAUUUCGGGUUUUCAAAGGAGGGGGUGAAGGGGGUGGAAGAAGUAUGUGUCACGUGACUGCUGGAGUGCCUGUUUUGAGAGUAAAGGAAUAGAAACUCAGACAGCAACUUUGAGCUGAGAAAGGAAGCCAGGACUUCAGACGAAGCCUGGAAGAGGCUGCAGAUUGUACCAUCAGGUGAGCGGCUGAAACCACAGAGGUCAGGCUCAGAGGGAAAAGGGUAGGGAAUCAAUGAAGAAGAGACAUCGAAGAAGUAUUAGCUGUGGCCUCAACACCAACUGUGAUGUCUGAGUCAGUGGAGUUUUCCCAAUAACUCCCUCUUGUGAGGUCUCUCUCAGGAGGAAGAGGCCCGUGGCAAUUUUGGAAGAACGGCUUUUGGAGUACAAUAUGGAAGUUCAAAGGGAACAGAAGACACAGGGGAGUAUCUGGAAUGGACAAAAGUCUUUCGUGGAGACGGCCCCACAUACCUCCAGCAUGAAGCUCACUCAGUUUCUGUUAUUUUUGUACCUCCACUUGAGUUCUUGCAAGUGCAUUUCAGUAUCGGGUUUACCUCAAGAGGAUCUGGUGGACCAGAAGUGCUUACUAAACAAAUACACACACCGCUCCUGUAAUAAAGUCUUCUGCCAGCCAUGGCAGAAAUGUGUUGAAGGAAGCUGUGUCUGCAAACUCCCUUACCAGUGUCCAAAGACUGGAACCCCAGUGUGCACCACUAAUGGAAGGAAAUACCCCACUUAUUGUCACCAGAAGAGUUUUGAAUGUCUGCAACCAGAAACAAAGUUUUCAAAUAAUGGAACAUGCACAGCUGAAGGGAAUUUUAACGUUUCCUUACAUUAUGGAAAUACAUAUGCAGAGGGAAUUGUUCGAGUCAGACUUGUGGACCAAGAUGAGAAAAUGUUCAUAUGUAAAAAAAGCUGGAGCAUGACAGAAGCCAAUGUGGCCUGUGUUCACCUUGGAUUUCAACAGGGUGCGCUUGUUGCACGAAAAAGGUUUAAUGUACCUGGAGAUCUCCUUAUAAACUCCACUGAAUGCCUGCAUGUACGUUGCCGGGGAAUAGAGACCAGUUUGGCGGAGUGCACCUUUACCAGGAGAAGAACUAGCGGUUACCAGGGCUUGGCUGAUGUAGUGUGUUACACACGGGAUGCAGAUUCUCCAUCAAAUCAGUCCUUCCAGUGUGUGAAUGGGAAGCACAUCCCUCAGGAGAGAGUCUGCAAUGGAGUUAAUGAAUGUGGAGAUCAAAGUGAUGAGCUGUGUUGCAAAGCUUGCCAAGGUAACGCUUUCCUUUGUAAGUCGGGUGUUUGCAUCCCAAAGGAAUAUAAGUGCAAUGGUGAGGUGGACUGCAUUACAGGAGACGAUGAGAGUGGCUGCAAAGAAACCAGACAUCCUCAAAUUCAUGACAACCUUGCACGGUCCGAUCAAGAUCAAGAAGGAGAAACUGAAGAAACAGAAAUUUUGACUGCUGAUAUGGACAUAGAAAGACAACGGAUAAAGUCCUUGUUACCUAAACUAUCCUGUGGAGUCAAAAGAAACACACACAUUCGAAGGAAAAGAGUGAUUGGGGGGAAGCCAGCAGAGGUGGGAGACUACCCAUGGCAGGUGGCAAUUAAGGAUGGCGAAAGAAUCACCUGUGGGGGAAUUUAUAUUGGUGGCUGUUGGGUUCUGACUGCUGCACAUUGUGUCAGACCCAGUAGAUACCGCCAUUACCAAGUAUGGACAGCAUUAUUAGACUGGCUAAAUCCCAACUCUCAGUUGAGAGUUCAAACAGUGAACAGAGUUAUUGUUCAUGAAAAAUAUGAUGGAACCACCUACCAGAAUGACAUAGCUUUGAUUGAAAUGAAAAAGUCUUCGGGCAAGAAAGAAUGUGAGCUCUCUAAUUCUGUCCCAGCCUGUGUCCCAUGGUCCCCAUAUCUAUUCCAACCAAAUGAUAAAUGCAUCAUCUCCGGAUGGGGUCGAGAGAAAGAUAACCAAAAAGUCUACUCACUUAGGUGGGGCGAAGUUAAACUGAUAGGCAACUGCUCUCAAUUUUACCCAAAUCGCUACUAUGAAAAAGAAAUGCAAUGCGCAGGUACUGAUGAUGGGUCCAUCGAUGCCUGCAAAGGAGACUCUGGAGGUCCCCUGGUCUGCAAGGAUGUCAACAAUGUGACUUACAUUUGGGGCAUUGUGAGUUGGGGUGAAAACUGUGGAAAACCAGAAUUCCCAGGUGUUUACACCAGAGUGGCUAAUUAUUUCGAGUGGAUUAGCUAUCACGUGGGAAGACCCCUUAUUUCUCAACAUAAUGUCUGAAGCUAUGACCUCCUUUUUUCUACAUUUAUGAAUCCAGGAGUCAUGUUUUAAUUAAAAUGAAACUAUGUAAUUAGCUCCAAGAGCUGGCAAGAGCAAGUCUUCCUGGCCAGUUCUAAAGGUUUCUUCAAAGUUUAUUGCCAUUUUAGAAUUCUGCUGUAUAAUUUUCAAAUAAAUAUUCUGCUUAAG